UUACUGUUUUUGAUACUACAUUAUGUUAGCACCCCGUCAAAAAAGCAAGCUAUAUUAGAGAGAGAUAGAGAGAGAGAAUAAAUUAAAAGCUUUUUAUCUUAGUGUCUAGAAAAGGUUCUAUAUAUUUGGUGUUGUGCUUUCUUCUUCCUUACUUCAAUUAACCAUUUCUUCCUCUUCCUCUUCUUUGUUAAGCUCCAAAAAAAAAAAAAAAGUUCAUCAAAAUGGCAAGUUGCAUCGAUGCUGCUUCUGAACAACUUUGCUAUAUCCCUUGCAACUUUUGCAAUAUUGUGCUUGCGGUGAGUGUUCCAUGCAGCAGCUUAUUUGAUACUGUGACUGUUCGAUGUGGUCACUGCACAAAUCUGUGGUCCGUCAAUAUGGCAGCUGCAUUUCAGUCCUCUACUUCUUCUUCCUCUUGGCAAAAUCAUCAUGUUCAGGUGCCCAACUACACUGCUCCUGAGUACAGGAUGGAUUUUGGUUCAUCAACCAAAUGCAACAUGAACAGAAUGUCAAUGAGAACCCCAAUCACAAACAACACUCAACAGGAGAGGAUUGUUAAUCGACCUCCCGAGAAGAGGCAGCGAGUACCUUCUGCAUAUAACCAGUUCAUAAAAGAAGAGAUUCAGAGGAUCAAGGCUAAUAAUCCAGAUAUCAGUCACAGGGAAGCAUUUAGUACUGCUGCCAAAAAUUGGGCACACUUUCCUCACAUUCACUUCGGACUCAUGUUGGAGAGCAACAAUCAAGCCCAACUUGCUUGUGGGAGCAGAAAACUAUCAAAUGCAUAGAGCCGCUUUGCUAGACAAUAAAAGAUCUUCAUUUUAUGGAGCUGUGUGAAUUGAAGACGAGUGUGACAUCAAGGUGUUCUAUGAUCAUUUACCGAGUGUGGACAUAAACUAUAUAUUAUAAGUCUUUCUAAUUAAUUCGUUGUAUUUCACGGAUAUAUUGUUGAAAAACUAAGUUUCUUUAUUGUCUACCUCUAUCAAUGACUUUCUCUAAAGAAAGAAAAAUUUAGAAAGGUUUCUCA